AUGCGGUGGUCUCUGCCCCAUAUACCAUAUCCGCCUGAAAAGGAUGGAUACUGGAGCCCUGUCACCUCGACAUUAAACUGGUGUGAGGAGGAUUACUAUGUUACAAUCUACUCCGCCGAAAUCGUCAAUGCCUUUACGAACCUUUUGUUCAUGUGGCUUGGAGUGAAGGGUAUUUUGAGCUGUCGCCGGAAUGGACACGACCGAAUCUUCUUGAUAUCCUUUUUGGGCUAUUUGGUUGUUGGUACUGGAAGCUUCCUCUUCCAUUCUACCUUGACUUACCCGAUGCAACUGGUCGAUGAACUCUCCAUGAUCUAUACGACUUGUCUGAUGGCCUAUGCUUCCUUCUCGUAUACCCGUCCAGUAGGAUUUCGCAUUGUCCUGGCUGUCGCUCUCACGAGUCUAGCUGUCUUCAUCACGCUCUACUAUCAUUAUCUGCAAGACCCAGUGUUCCAUCAAACUGCAUAUGCACUCUUGACGACGGUCGUCGUCUUCCGCAGUAUGCACACGAUGGAGACCACCUUACGCCCGAAAUGGCGUCGCUCUCGCGAAGAAGAUCGUCUCGAACGGAAAAAGCAGGGCCUGUCCGUGCCGACCAAGGAACGUCAGCGUUUUGAGAAUGAACGUGAUAUGAAAACACUGAAGACGAUGUGGUUCAUGGUAGGUUAUGGACUCAGUAUGUUUUUGGGAGGCUUUUUCAUCUGGUUCCUCGACAAUCAAUACUGUUCCCGGAUCCGUUCGUGGCGACGGACCGUAGGAUUGCCAUGGGGUAUCUUUUUAGAGGGCCAUGGGUGGUGGCAUGUCAUGACCGGAAUUGGAGCAUACCUGUACAUCACCUGGGGUAUCUGGCUGCGUCACUGCCUCAACGGCCGACAAGAUGACUUCCACCUGCGCUGGGCACACUUUUGGCACAUUCCGGAAAUUGUUUGCACCAAUCCCCGGUCCGAGAAUGGUGUGUCCCGGGCCAAAAAGUCGACUUGA